UCUCCAUCGUCAAGGAGGAAGCUCCCGAUGCCAUCAAAGAAGGCGAGAUCAAGAAUCAAUUCGGCCGCAAGGUCGCAAUUGAUGCGUACGCACUCGACUCGAAGGACCUGAAAUGAUUAUACGGUCCCAUGUCUGACUGGUCACUAGUUCCAUGAGCAUUUACAGCUUCCUCAUCGCCGUACGAUCCGACGGCCAGCAGCUCAUGAACGAGAGCGGCGACACGACAUCGCAUCUCAUGGGCAUGUUCUACCGCACCCUCCGCAUGGUCGACAACGGCAUCAAGCCGCUGUAUGUCUUCGACGGCGCCCCGCCGAAGCUCAAGUCGGGCGAGCUAGCCCGGCGGUUCCAAAGAAAACAGGAGGCGAACGAGGGGCUCGAGGAGGCAAAGGAGACGGGCACGGCCGAGGACGUCGAGAAGUUCUCGCGGAGAACGGUGCGGGUCACGAAGGAGCACAACGCCGAGUGCCAGCGGCUGCUGAGGCUGAUGGGCAUCCCCUACAUCGUCGCGCCGACCGAGGCCGAGGCGCAGUGUGCGGUGCUGGCGCGCGCGGGCAAAGUCUACGCGGCCGCCAGCGAGGACAUGGAUACGCUCUGCUUCGACACCCCCAUCCUCCUGCGCCAUCUUACCUUUAGCGAGCAGCGCAAGGAGCCCAUUCAGGAGAUCCAUCUCGCCAAGGUCUUGGAAGGCCUCAACAUGGACAGGAAACAGUUCGUUGACCUUUGCAUCCUCCUCGGCUGCGACUACCUCGAUCCGAUCCCCAAGGUCGGCCCCUCGACAGCGCUGAAGCUGAUCCGCGAGCACGGCACGCUCGAGAAGGUGGUCGAGUUCAUGCGCAACGACCCCAAGGGCCGGUACACGAUCCCGGACGACUGGCCGUUCCAGGACGCGCGCGAGCUGUUCUUCUCGCCGGACGUGCGGCAGCCGGACGACCCGCUGUGCGACUUCAAGUGGGACAAGCCGGACAUCGAGGGGCUCGUGCAGUUCCUGGUGCACGAGAAGGGGUUCUCGGAGGACCGGGUGCGGGCGGGCGGCGCGCGGCUCGAGAAGAACCUCAAGAGCUCGCAGCAGGCCCGCAUCGAGGGCUUCUUCAAGGUGCUGCCCAAGACGGAGGCGGAGAAGGCGGCGCACAAGCGCAAGCUGGAGGAGCAGCAGGAGGCCAGGAAGAAGAAGCUCAAGGAGGAGAAGAAGGAGAAGGCCAAGGCCAGGGCGAAGCCGCGCGGGACUGCGUGAAGACGGUCGCGCCCAGUGAGAUCUUGCUCUUUCACGAAUCGGUGUUUUGCUGGCGGUGGAUUCUCUAUUUCGCGAUACUAUAUUUGCUUUUGCUUCUGGGACAUAUUUCCCUGUGGCGCGGACCGGCAGAGGGUGGGC